ACAGACAGACAGACAGACAGGUCUAACUCUUGGCCUUCAUCAUCAUCAUCACCACCACCAUCAUCAUCCUCAGAGGAAGACGGACAGGGAGCCCCCUGACCCUCGCCACGCCGGGUCACCAUGGCAACGGUCAUCUGCACUCGUUUCACCGAAGAGUAUCAGCUGUAUGAAGAGCUGGGCAAGGGAGCGUUUUCAGUGGUGCGGCGCUGUGUGAAGGUGCUGUCGGGUCAGGAGUACGCAGCCAAGAUCAUCAACACCAAGAAACUUUCUGCCAGAGAUCAUCAGAAGUUGGACCGGGAAGCUCGAAUUUGUCGUUUACUGAAGCACCCAAACAUCGUUCGGCUACACGACAGCAUCUCAGAGGAGGCGCAUCAUUACCUCAUCUUUGACCUGGUGACAGGUGGAGAGUUAUUUGAAGAUAUCGUAGCCAGAGAAUAUUACAGUGAAGCUGAUGCCAGUCACUGUAUCCAGCAGAUUUUGGAGGCGGUGCUACAUUGUCAUCAGAUGGGCGUGGUCCACCGAGACCUGAAGCCAGAGAACCUGCUGCUGGCCUCAAAGUCAAAAGGAGCGGCGGUGAAACUGGCGGACUUCGGCCUCGCCAUCGAGGUGGAGGGAGACCAGCAGGCCUGGUUUGGGUUUGCGGGGACUCCUGGUUACCUGUCCCCAGAGGUCCUCAGGAAGGAUCCGUACGGCAAAGCGGUCGACCUCUGGGCCUGUGGUGUGAUUCUCUACAUCUUAUUGGUCGGUUAUCCUCCGUUCUGGGAUGAAGAUCAACAUCGUCUCUACCAGCAGAUCAAAGCAGGAGCUUAUGAUUCUGAACCUGAUGAACUCGACACAUCGACUAAACAAGCGAUCAGCAGUGCAGUCCCAGGGGUCAAAGGUCACCGUCUCCACAGUUCCUCAGCCUUGUCUCUGAUACGCAGAGAUCUCUCCAGGUUCUCUGAAUCUUGUGAUGAUUUUGGAGACACAUCGUCUCCACCGGCGUCAUCACAAAAUCCCAUCUUGGUCAGUGACGAGGUCCUGGUGGUCACUGAGGAGGUUCUGGAGCUCCGUCAGAUGGAUUCAGACGGAGUUCAGCAGGUUUUACAACCGGUGAGCUCAGAGCUGAGAGACUCAGACAGGAAGUCAGGCAGUGUUGAGACGAACUACAAUGUCCAGUUCUGGUCCUUUAAUGGGAAACAUACGGACCAGUGA